AAUUGUGAGAGAGUGUAAAGUUGAUGUCGCCGGCAAAACUAAUCGUAUUUUCUUGAAAAUAAGCGGUUUCCGAAAAAUUUUAUGACAACUCUCUGAAAUGCUUCACUCAUUUUCAGUGCCUCUCCAAUGCCUUCCUCGGGGGAGCGUGACCUUCUUUGCCUUAAUUUUCAUCAUGAAUAAAGGUCGUAAAUUAGGCUAGGCCCCAGGGCUCUACAGAAUGAGUAGUCAGGAUGAAACAGCAAGCCUAUUAGUGGGCCAGCCCUCAUUGACCAGCGCCUCCUCACCAGCCAACUGCUCAAAACCGGUUUUGAUGCGACAAGAAUGCACUACGUUUCUGGUUUCAUCGCAACAUCCUCAACUCUCCGUAUUUUCUGAUAGUGAGGAAGACGGCUCGUUGUGUUUAGAAGAGAACAGCACGAGGUCGGUGCCUGAUAUUGAGCUACACUGUAGACUAGACGUGAAAGGAUGCAAACAAAAUCUUACAUCGCACCCUGCGCGAAAUCGCAGCUCAUCAAAUGCCUUCCAGCUAGCACCGUAUUCUUCGGCAGCAUCGAGAGGGAUUCUGGAAAGAAGAACAUCAACCACUCCAGCAUCGACGUUAAAAAUUGGUCGAUCUGUAUCAAGGGAAAGCAUUCGGUCGAUCCAUCACUGUACAUGCCCUUGCCUCAAUGCUCCGGUAUCGUGCAGUUCAUGUCCAGUCGCUCCUGCGGCAAUAGUGACUACUUUACCAGGCUCCAGGAUAAUCCGACAAAGUUCCCAACCUGAAGCAUCGGCUGCCCCCUGCUGUGGGGCCAGCUGUGUCCUUCAUGUGGGGGCGGCCCAUCCAUCCACUUCUCUUAGACAGCUAAGAGACCAUGAAUCUGGAGGCAUAGCGGGAAUAGCGGCUGAUUCUCUAAGAAUCAACGGUGCUAUGCGAAAUUUUCGGCAGGGUUCUGGCAUGCUGUCUUCUUCUCAAACAAUGGCGCAAGCGCGAAGAACGAGGCUCAAGCGCGCCCUUACAGAAGUGUCCAGCGAUACAGUGUCCUAUGUAAAAACGUUGAGAAAACCAGUUUCGACCCUUUCCAUCCCAGGGGCGGUGAAGAACUCCAGCAGGGACUCAACGGGAGGAGGGGGCAAGAUGCAACAAGAGGAGGGUGCUGGAGUAGCCUUGGUUGGACAUGUAGACUAUCCAAGGUUUAUGGAAGAUCGUACCAUAGGUACUGCCUACAAAGGGCCAUCAUCAGGUAGCCUCAAGCACAAGCCCAAUGUGGGCUAUCGAUUAGGAAGGCGUAAAGCUCUCUUUGAAAAAAGAAAGAGGAUAAGUGAUUAUGCGUUAGUGAUGGGAAUGUUUGGAAUUAUUGUGAUGGUUAUAGAAAAUGAACUUUCAAGUGCCGGAGUUUAUCGUAAGGAUGAAUUCUACUCAAUUGCGCUCAAAACCUUGAUAUCUGUAUCGACUGUGAUUCUCUUAGGCCUCAUUGUAGCCUACCACGCUUUAGAAGUACAGCUCUUCAUGAUAGACAAUUGUGCGGAUGAUUGGCGAAUAGCGAUGACGUGGCAACGAAUUUGCCAAAUAUCCAUGGAGUUAUUAAUAUGUGCAGUGCAUCCAAUUCCGGGGCAUUACAGAUUUGUGUGGACAACGAAACUAGCAAAUAAGCAAAACGGUGGAAUCGGGUCAAAGUGUGUGCCAUACGACGUUCCCUUAUCAUUGCCAAUGUUCCUUAGGCUAUACUUAAUUUGCAGAGUGAUGUUAUUGCAUAGUAAACUUUUUACGGACGCCUCUUCGCGUAGUAUCGGUGCAUUAAAUCGAAUUAACUUUAACACUCGUUUUGUGCUCAAAACUUUGAUGACCAUCUGCCCUGGAACUGUGCUUCUCGUGUUUAUGGUAUCGUUGUGGAUCAUCGCCAGCUGGACUUUAAGGCAAUGCGAAAGGUUUCAUGACGAAGAACACGCAAAUCUGCUAAACGCCAUGUGGUUAAUAGCCAUCACUUUUCUCAGUGUGGGGUUUGGAGACAUUGUUCCAAACACAUAUUGCGGAAGGGGAAUAGCAGUGAGCACGGGAAUUAUGGGUGCCGGAUGUACAGCGUUAUUAGUUGCAGUAGUUUCUAGAAAAUUGGAACUGACAAGAGCCGAAAAGCAUGUCCAUAAUUUUAUGAUGGACACCCAGUUAACCAAACGGCUUAAAAACGCAGCAGCAAAUGUUUUAAGGGAAACAUGGCUGAUAUACAAACAUACAAGGCUAGUGAAAAGAGUCAACCCUGGUAGAGUUAGAACACACCAGAGGAAAUUUUUACUUGCAAUAUAUGCAUUACGGAAAGUUAAAAUGGACCAACGCAAGCUUAUGGAUAACGCCAAUACCAUAACCGACAUGGCUAAGACCCAAAAUACAGUUUACGAAAUUGUAUCGGACAUGAGUACAAGACAGGACACUUUAGAAGAUAGGCUUACAAAUGUGGAGGAAAAGCUAACGGCGUUGCAUGAUCAGUUGGACCUGCUUCCAGAUUUAAUUGCUUCUAGAAUUCAAACGCAGCAAGAGAAAAUCGAACAAAGACGUAACUUCCUGCAUCCAGAGUCGGCAGCAAGUCUGCAACAAGCAAGAAGCGUGCCUCCUGCUUGUCCCUGGCCGGGCCCUGCUGCAAUGUCAAAUGCAAGUCGCCCGGCCACAUCAACAGCAACACAAAGCUAGGGAUAAGCCAACUAUUGUAGUAUUUGUUAAGGACUUUUUAUAGAAAGGGCGACAUUUUAAUUUAAAAUUUUAUCAGAUUGGGCGACGCAAAUAAAUUGAUCUGGAUUGCUAAUCAACCAACGGAAUUCCUUCAAAUUGGAUAAUAAAUUAUCCUUUCCAAUCAUAAGACGCUCCAAAGCUGCCCGUCAUCUAGAUCAACUUAUAGCUGUUAGCUGCUGAUGAUCAAAUAGAAAUUAGACCUAGAAAAUCUAGUGCCUUUUUACUUGCUCCUCGAUUUUUUUAAAUUAGCUGUCCUUCAUUAGAAAGUCCUAGUAGAUACUAUGAUAAGUGUUUGGCCAAAUUAACGAUGGUUGGUACAUAAAUGUUUGGAAAAGGGCUAGUAAUGCAGCUAAAUAUUUUAUCCCUAUUUGCAUUAUUUAGUGUAGAUAAACGAAAGCCAGCGUUGGAAUAUAUCAACCAUUUAAAUAUAAUAUAUAUUAUUAUGUAGAACUAUGAUUAGCACAAUUUAGCAGUAUUGCUGGCCGUUUUAUGGAACAUUCUCGAAUUCCUAAAAUAGAACCCUCAAAUAUAUUGUAUAGUAUAAUAUACAGGCAUAUACCAUUCUGCACCUUCAAACGUUUGUAAAUACAAAAUAAUGUUAUCCCCUAGAUUUUAAAACUCCAAAAGACUUUGUAAAAAUUCCCGUUUUAUCUUCUGUUUCGGAAAGUCUUACAUUGCAUAAGGACAGUAUUAAAUUGCUAUUUAUAUCAUAGGAUUCAUAGUUUGAAUAUUAUACAAAAUCAUUUUAAAUGUGGGGUACUGUAAUCACAUUUCGUAAGCAACAGAAUAAUUUUCUGAUAGUGUCGCCGAUGAAUUUUCAUACUCGCACUCGAAUGCCAUAUUUUUUUCUGAGCUCUCUCAGAGUGAAACUCAGCCAUUAUUUCUGUUCUCUCAAAGGUUUCUCGUUUAUAUACAUAUAUGGAGUUACAUAGAACUUCCACAUUGGAAAGAAAUCUGAUUAUAGUAACCGAUUUUCACCAUUUGGUCUCCUCUAGCGGAAAAUUAACUAUGUAAAUAUACAUCCAAGUACAUGCUCAGCUUUCAUGACUUCUGAAGUAUUGCAAUGAUAUACUUCCCACUUUAGGCAGUGAUAGCACGUCAUGAGACCAAUAUCAGUUUAAAGUUGUGUGAGCAAGCAGAGAGUUAAUUUAUCUAGAAAUGGUGAAAUGUUAGGAACCAUAUAAGUGCACUCAUUAUGGUAGUGAUAACUUGUUAAAAAUCACAGUGAGUAGUAUAGCCUGUAUUGCUUUUCGACGUAACGCAAAGUACCUACACUAUUACGAAUGUGAGUUUUGAUACAAACUGACUUCUAACCAGUGGUAAACCAAAGAACGACCAAAACCGUCUGGACAAUACCAGAAAUUGAGGGCGAGCGGCGUGUCGCGCAUUACAACUAACGUUUUUGCGAUAUAUUUUUCACGAAUCCUUCCAGAUUGUUUAUAAACUUGUAAAAUAUGUAAAUGUUAAUUUACCACAGUUUUCAAAUACAUUUCACUGAGGGUUAAUGGAACCAAAUCUAGAAGGUAAACCAGAAAUAAGUAUUGAAAUCAGCAUAGUGUCGUAAUGAUAAAAAUAUUUUUAGGCGAAGGGCGAAAAACCAUAGUACUUUUCACACCUUCAUAAAAGUCGAAUAGUAGUGGGAAUGGAGAGUUACCUGCAUCUUUGAACGAAUUAGUGUAUAUAAUACUUAAGUAAUCAUCACAUAUUUUGUACAACUUGCAACGAAUAGACGACCAACUAAUUCAUUAUUAUUAAUGUGCAUUUCCAUCAAUAAAUAUUGCGGGUAAUAAGCAGAUAUUUUGGAGCACAUGCAAACCAGAAAAUCAACCCGUCGCGUCGUUUUUCAACUUUCAUCCAAGUCUAUUUUCCUAUUGGGGGUUUUUCAAGAAACCCACACUCCCAUUGCCCUAGGAGGUUAUACAUAUACAUUUUUGUACAUAUGCCUGAAUCUAGUCCUCAAAAGCUUUAAUACCCUUAACUGUGUAAAACAUUAUACAACUUAAUGAACAAGCGAAGCAAAGUGAAGCGAAGAGAAGCGAAUCAACUCUUACUACGACGAAGUAACCUUUAGUUUUCCAGUACUAUUCGCGCGAUAAAAUUUAAUAAAAACAUAGUGUUACGAUUAAAUAUAUCCUGUAUUUCCAGAACGUUUUAUAAGCAACUGUUUCAGUACUGUAAAAUAAUAAUAAGGGACCGCCAUUUCCAUACAGCCUUAUAGAUGCUUAUCCAGAGUUCUUUAAAAGUUAACUAAUUAACUAGAGGCUCGCUUCAGUGAUUUGUGAAAAGUCGUUAUUUUAGGAAAGAAAUGUAUCUUGUAAGGGUGUAGUUGUUUUAAUUGCGUAUUAUUAUCAGGCAUCAAGCACCAAUGAACUGAUAAGUGAAAACAUUGUUCAUUAACGCAGCGUAAAACAACUACAAGUUCAACCAUGUAGACUAUACAAGCGAUAAGUAUCGGGAUAAAAAAAACACAAAGUAGAGUAAAAGCUGACUAAUAAUGUUAAUCAGUGGACAUAUACUGGUGUGAUAUAGUGGAUGGUGCACCCUAAAGCAUUAGGUAUAUAUUUCAGAGGUCCAAAUUGUUAGAGUUUUCUGCAAUUUCACAAGUUUUAUAACCAUUUAAUUUAAGUAAAUAUAACUAUUACUAUACAAGACCUAACAUAAUAUCUGCAGAGGUAGCCUGUUUUGAAUUCCCUAGCGUUGUUAUAUAUUUUGAAAGAAGAUAAUGCAGUUUCAUGUUAUCCAAUUCAACGAAUAAACUAAUAGUUUCAUAGAAAA